AUGACCAACGAUUCCGACUGGGCCCUUCUCCCCUACCUUACUCCCUUCAACCGCCCCACCAACCGAAUCCUCCUUCUCCUAGGACCCAAUGAAACACCAUAUCCUUUCCUUCUAGUCGAUGUCCCUGAGUUCUCUGAAGUCCUUGUUGCGUACGCCGAGCUCCCACCACGCGAGCGCGUCCUCCGCCUGCCUACUAUCUCAACUGACAUGAUGGACGCGUAUAUCGAACUUCAUUGCGGCUACGAAGAUAUCACCGAUGUUACAUGGGAAGGCGAGAUCAAGCUCGCCAUCACGGGCGAAGUGCUCAAGGACAGGAUCACGAAGGGUGUAGCAAUGGGUACGUUGCGGAUGAUGGUCGACGGUGUCCAACGAGGGGUGCGCGAGGCAUUUACUCGAGCUGAUUAUAGCAUUGCGAAAAGAUAUCGACAUGAGACUGGCGGCGGUAGGCGGCUGCUGGAAAUCUUGAAGGGGGUGGAGAAGAAGCAAUCAGGUCCCCGAGAUGAAACUGUUCAGGCAUCUGUGCCCAUUUGGGUCGUGACCAAAGAUUCGGACGAUAUCAAGAACGAGACCGCGCCCGAAGGCACUGACAAAGAGACACCUCUGCUCGAGGUGGAGGCAGAGGAACCUUUCCAUCAAGACGAGAACUACAAGUGGUAUCCGAUACGUCAACCUGUUGAUGUUCCAGACAUACAAACGUUGCUGAGUGGGGCUGUGAAGAACUUUGCUUGGCCCAUUUGA